CCUGUCUCUUCUGCAGGGCCCUGCUGGAGGAGGAGUGCCGGGCCCUGGAGAGACACAUCUACCACCUCCAGCGCUGCCUGGAGGAGGAACACCGGGCCGCCACGGUGCCAGUGCAGCCGGCGCAGGAGCCAACGAUGGCUGAGCUGCAGGAGCAGAGACGAGCCAUGGAGCGGGACCUGCAGCUGGGCCAGUUGGACGCCAGGCCUGGCCUCUCCCAGGAGGUCCAGCGCCCUGAGCCUGCGGCCCCCCGACAGCCCAGCUGCCCCGUCAGCGUGUCCCCCCGCCUGGCACCAGCCGCUCCGUCCCUGUCGGGCCGCAGAGAACCAGCACCGCGAGCCCCGGGCACUGCGUUGGGCCGAGUGCCCCCCGACAGGGGCAUCUGUUCUCUGGGCGGCCUGGCUGGGGAGCUCCAUGGAGGGGCUGCGACGCCCGGCUGGGCCCCUGGCCAAGGACAGAUGGACAGUGAUGCUGAGCAACGGGACCUGGCCACGCCAUCACCCCGGGGAGCUGGGGUCCCUCCUGCAAGCCCAGCCUGCAGCCGCCUGGUGCCCCCGCCAGCAGCACCAGGGCCCAGCCUGGCCUUCCUCCCCUCGCCACCCCUAGAGCAGCGCCCGCCCCUGCGCCCCCUCUCCGGCCGCCGCCUCAGGCUGCUGGGCUGCCCGGGGCCCAGCUAG